AACAGCGGCACGUGGUAUCAUUAUCAUGGCGAGUACUGUUGUUAAACGCCGCUAAUAAACGAACACUCCGCGUCGCCUGCUUACGAGAUCUCUGACUUGAAGAGUUGACUUAAAAGCGUAACAAUGAAGGAGGAUUCUGUGCUGAGCUUCAAAUGGCAGAGCUUUCCGGCGCACAUGGUAGGCUCGCUCGACACUUGUUAUGAGAAACAGCAUUUCGUCGAUCUCUCCCUGGCCUUGCGUUGUAUUAUGGACGAAAAGAAUAAAAUAAAUUGUGAUAAAAUCGAACAGGGAAAUCAUAUUGUUAAUAAUUUAAACCCUGAUAGAAAUGUAACAGAAGAAGAGUUUCAAAAUUUCAUGCAUCGUGUCACUGAAGUAGAAAAAAUUGUGAAAAAUUUAUCAUCUUCCGAUCAACAAGAGCAAGAAUGCGGGAAAAAGUUAGCUGAUGAAAUGUUAAAACAAAGUGUUCAAAAAGAAGUCUAUGGAGACGGCGAGGUAAAAGUUAAAACUGAUAGAUCAGUAAUUAAUAAAUAUCCGUCAAAGGAACAUGAUUCAAAUGAUCCAAACAAAAUGUCGCAAGAGGUAUUCAUGAAGAGUGUAGAAAACGAUGCUAAAAAACGAGCUGAAGAACGUAAAAUUAGAAAUGAACGGGCGGAAACGUUGAAGAGAAUCGCAAACGGUGCAUUUAAAGAAGGCGAUUACGAGAAGGCCGUGACUUAUUACAGCAAAGCAUUAGAACAACGUAAAGACUCUUCUGUAUUGUGGAAUAAUCGCGCGUUGUCACAUAUGAAUCUCGGAUUAUUCGAAAAAGCCUUGCACGACUGCGAGUGGACGUUAAAACUGAACGAGUCAAACUUAAAAGCUCUCUUGAACAGCGCUAAAUGUUACAUGUAUCUCAGAAACAGGGAGAAGAGUAAAGAAUGUAUACAGAUGGCCAAAGAAAGAAAUCCUCAUUUCAACAAAUUUAUCGAUGAAUUUCAAGAAAAUAUGGAGCUUCAAUUUAACAAAUUCAACGUUCAGAUAAUCAAUGAUGAAAUACAGUAG